CUUCAUAUAAAGGACUGUGACGGAUGGCUCCAGAGCAGAACUCUCUGCUUUGCUUCCACUGAAAUGGCUCUUCUGUUUCGGUGUUUUUACCAACUAACUGGGAUACUUCUUCUUCUGGCAUCGUCUUUAAUCUUUGCCAAAGGUGGAAAGAUCCUGGUGAUACCUCAAGAUGGAAGUCACUGGCUCAGCAUGCGCCCAGUAGUGGAGAAACUCCAGCAAAAAGGACAUGAAGUUGUUGUGGUUGUACCGUCAACAAGUUUGUAUAUGAAGCCAAAGGAGCCUCAGAAUUAUACAGUGAAAUUAUAUCCAAUACCUUACGCAGAGGAACAUUUAGCUGUUGUGCUCAAGUCAUUUGUUAAUGCUCAUUUUAUUGAACAAUCUGCUUUGAAUGUUAUUAUUACAAUGUAUCAAAGCAUUUUAGAAAUGUCCAGGUUCUUUUUCACCAACUGUAAGAGCCUUUUGCACAAUGAAGACAUGAUGAAGUAUUUGAGAGAGAGCAAGUUUGAUGUGGUUUUCACGGAUCCAAUUCUGAUGUGUGGAACCAUAGUUGCUGAGUAUCUUUCAGUUCCUUCUGUCUUCUUCUUGCGAGGGUUUCCUUGCGGUAUGGAUUUUGAAGCUACCCAGUGUCCAAGCCCUCCUUCCUAUGUCCCCAGACUUUUCCUAAAUAAUCCAGAUAGCAUGACAUUUGCUCAACGUGUGAAGAACAUGCUAGUCCGUAUGCUGGAGUUUGUUUAUUGUAAACCUAUGUUCACUGAAUUUGAAGAACUUGCAUACGAGAUUAUUCAAAAGAAAGUGACAGCUACAGACCUUCUAAGCCGUGGAUCUGUUUGGCUAAUGAGAUACGAUUUUGUGUUUGAGUUCCCGAGACCAGUGAUGCCAAACAUGGUUUUUAUUGGAGGGAUAAACUGUGAUCAGAAGAAAAAACUGUCUCAGGAAUUUGAAGCUAUUGUGAAUGCCUCUGGAGAACACGGCAUUGUUGUCUUCUCGCUGGGCUCCAUGGUCUCCGAGAUUCCUAUGAAGAAAGCCAUAGAAAUCGCAGAUGCCUUGGGAUCAGUCCCUCAAACGGUUUUGUGGCGCUACACGGGAGAGGUGCCCCCCAACCUGCCAAAGAACGUAAAGCUCGUCAAAUGGCUGCCACAGAAUGAUCUUCUAGCUCACCCUAAGACUCGUGCCUUUAUUACCCAUGGAGGCUCACACGGUGUUUACGAGGGCAUAUGCAACGCGGUGCCAAUGGUACUAAUGCCAUUAUUUGGAGACCAGAUGGACAACGCCAAGAGAGUAGAGUCACGGGGAGCAGGACUGACGCUGAAUAUACUUGAAAUGACUUCGAAGGACAUAUCCACUGCCCUGAAAACAGUCAUUAAUGAUAAAAAGUACAAAGAGAACAUCAAGCGCCUCUCGGAUCUUCACCUCGACCGACCCAUCCACCCCCUGGACCUGGCCGUGCACUGGGUGGAGUUUGUGAUGAGACACAAAGGGGCCCCACACCUGCGACCUGCUGCUCACGACCUGAACUGGAUCCAGUACCACUCCCUGGACGUCAUUGCCUUCCUCCUUGCCGUGGUGCUCCUCUCCCUCUUCAUUUCUCUGAAGUGCUGCCUGUUCUGCUGCCGCAGGUGCUGCUGUAAGAAGGGAAGAACAAGAAAGCCAACCAAAUCCAAGUCCCACUAGCAGAUGAAACCAGUAGUGGGAGCUAAGGCCUCUGCUCCAGACUGGAAGGAUCAGAGAACAUCCCAAAUUUCACUAAAAUAAUUGCUGACUUUCAGUCAAGAAAUAAUAGCGUUCAUUUAAACUAGCAUCAUGGGAGGGGUUGUUUCACUGAUAUAAUUUUUGCCUUUAAUUAAGAAUCAGUUGUUAAAAAUAAUUUGUGUAGGAGUGCUUCAACCACUUGGGAAGAUGUUAGUGUGAAGUCCAAGGCUCCUGGAUUCCAUGUCUUGGUGUACAGAGGACUCAGGGUGGUUUUUUUUUUACCUCUCUAUGCAAUGGAGAUAGAUAGGAAUUUCAUUAGACUUUGCUUCAAGGGCUUUGGGAGAAUCAUUUGCUGUAGUGUAAGACUGUCAGGUUGAUCAAGCACUUUGAAAUCUUUGUACAGCUGUUGUUAUAGAAGAGGCAAAUGUUAUGCACUGACAAUACACGUCACAUAAACCAAGCCAGACGCACAUCCUAAAUGGGUUUUGUUUGUGUUUACAAUACCUCGAACUCAAUUAAAGUUUUGGCAGGGAAGUGGUUGUAAAGCCACUGGUUUUUCACCCAAGUUCUCCGUCAGGCACAGCGCUGUAUCUGGAGCUUACCUGUGAGCUGGUGAAACCUUCAUAAGCAGUAUUUAUGAAACCCAACCGAUAGUCUCUUUGUAAGUGAUGUUCAGGUAAAGACCAAAACUGCCCCUCUAUAAAUAAAUAAAUAAAUCACCAACGCUAACGAUAA